AUGACAACAUUCUCCAAGUUAAAUGACCUUCAACGAAAAUCCCUGGUGGAUUUGUUCGCUCAUAUUAAACAUUUUAAUCAAAAGUUUACCACUGCUGCUUCUCUUGAUAAAGAUUUUAGCACAAACUUUCUCGAUAACAUGAGAUCCACCUCCAACAGCCUCUUUACUCAUUUCAUCUAUCAAUCCAAUGUAAUUGUUGACAAGAAAAUAUUUAAAACUUUGAGGCAGGAAAAUGAGGAAUGGGACGAGGAAAUUAGAAGGUUUAAGAAAUUUGUUGAAUUGUUGAACAGGGGGAAUAAACAGUUUAUGAAUAGAUAUUUUUAUCAGCAUAUUUACGAGCCGUCCGAUAGUGAGUUAUCAUCGGAGCAUUCUGGGCUGAGGAAGGAUACAGGAGAAAGGAAUUCAGAAGGAAAUGUGCGUGAAAAGGAAAGUGAGACUAGAGUAAAAGAACCCUUUUAUGAUGAAAAAGCAAAAAAGAAAUCAACACAUAGCAUUCAACGAAAAUUAGAUAAGAAGCUUCAUUCAACGAAUAAAGAGAAAGAUGAGAUAUUAAAAGAGAAAUCAAAAUUGGUUAAAGAGAAAGAAGAAACAUUAAAAAGAAAAGAUGUGUCGGUGAAAGAAAAAGAAAAAACAAAGAAAUUUUUUGGAAAUUCAAAGGAAAAAGGAGUUGUUUAUUCGAGCGAUAAGUUCGGUUUCCAUAAUAAGAAUAAACAUCAUCUUGCUACUUUUCUUAAAAAAGAAGACACGGAGACUGAUGAUUCUAUUGAACGACGGCUUGAUAUUUGUAAGAAAAAAUCUCGAGUACCACAAUUAUUGAUUGAUGAGUCUGAAGUAGAAGAGAUUGAGGAUUUAGUAAAAUUUGGAUACAUUUCGAAGGCCGAAUAUAUGAUGAAAAGAUUCGAAGAGGUUAACCUAAAAAUUAAGAAAAUUAAACAUGAGGAAGAUAUGAAGACAACAGGCGUGAAGAAGAGCAAGAAACGAAAUCAUUUAGUUACUGCCAAUAAUAG